AUGCCCUUGUCCUGCGUCGCCAAAGCUGAGGAUGUCUUGCAGAAGACUGUGCAUCUCUCCAGAGGCGGCCUCUGCGCAGAGUUCACAGCGGAGGACAUCCAGCGCAUCACGGACGCCGACGUGCUCCGCUACCUCUCCACCCACUCUAAUGCACGCACCGAAUUGGACGGCGGUAUCAACACCGCACCUGUUGAAAAGUCGCUCGCUCCUGUGACGGGGGCGGCAGACAUGGAGGUGCACAUGGAGGCCUUGCAGGAGGCGAUCAGCACAUUUAUUACAGUGGUCGACAACGAGGGGUGCCGCUACGAGAUCCGCGUCGGGGCCCUUGGGCACGUGCAGGUGCCCAUUGACGACGACAGUUACGCGGAUGGAGCCUCUCUGCAUGAAGACGAGGGGGAUAUAGAGGUGGCGCCAGCAAGUGACGCUGUGCAUGUUGGCAUGUCUGGAGAGAAGUCGGCGGUGACCGAGGAAGCCACAUCAGCCGCCGUCUCUCGACCGUCUAGCGAGGUGACACCGGCAGCAAGCCACCAAAAGGGCUGGCCAGUGCGACGUCCCCAGCCGUCGAAGCCGGUUCGCCCGGCGCGGGCUGCAGCGCACCUCAGUGCGCGAGUGCGCCAGCAGAAUCGUUUCUCUCCCUCUACUUCAUUAGCGCGACCCUCCCAGGCGAGUCAACUCUCUACGUCGAGGCCGACUACGCUCCCUGUGCGGCCACAGGCGAGCCUGACAGACAACGAGGCGGCGCGUGUCAAUCACUUGCUGGACCCCUCCGCUAUCGCUGCUCUAAUGUCCAGCCCGUAUGUACUUGACGCAGAGAAGGAAUCGCGCCUUCGAGCACUGGAGGCAUUGACGCGACGCUAUGCAGCCGUCCGAGGAGUAGUGGUGGCCGAAGAUGCCCUGCAGCACAUCGAUAAUGUGACGAAUGACGUGUUUGCCGCUGCCGCAGUGCCUAAUGUCGCAGGGAGAGCCACGGAUCUCGGAAACGCCUACAUGCACUAUGCAGAGGAACGUGAGAAGGCGGCACAGCAGCUGCGCUCGGUGAAUGAUCGCCUCCGUGCGCUGCAACGACGAGCCGAGGCGGUAGCGCUAGCCCCGGCUGACGACGUACCCUCAUCUAUUGCAGUACUGCGGCCGUCCUGGGCGCAGCCCACAGCACCUGUAAUGGAGGAAGCGGAGAUUCAGCGUCUGCUGGUCCUCGCGCACGAAGAGGAGGCCAGGGCGAAGGAGACGGAGAUGGAGUGCGCUUUACCACCGACACCUGCCGAACCACUCAGUGGGUUGCGCUGCCUUUUGGUUGAGGCCUCCGCGCGUGCAGCAGAUCUUCUGGCAAAAUACGAGUCUGCACCGCCAGUGCUGCGCUCUGAAGCGGUGGCGAUGACCGACGAUGCGUCCCACAGCGGCCCUUAA